GUGUAUAUAUGAUCUGUCAACUGCUGAAGCUACUGCAAGUUCCAAAGCUAGUAAAACGAAUAUAAGUGCAACAAAUCAAUACCAUAGCAUACUACAAGUUAAUGCAAAUAAUAUUAAAUUAAGCGGUGGUAAUGUUUUUAAUACGUUAACAAAAGCAGCAAAAGUAAAAGUGCUUAAUCGAAUUAAAAACAUGUUCUUUAAUUAAGCCCACACAGCAUAAGUGUGGCAGUUUUCUUAUUUAGUAGUGCAAAUCGUUUUGAAAGUUGCUAUUAAACCAAAAAAUGCGCCUUACAUUUUUUAUAUUCACAGUGUUCUGCUAUGGACAGGCAUCCAAGGUUUUGGAAUUAAGUGAUAAAUUUUUGGAGGUUCGAAAAGAUGGUGGUCAUUGGUUAGUAAUGUUUUAUGCUCCUUGGUGUGGACAUUGCAAAAGAUUAGAACCUGUGUGGUCACAUGUAGCUCAGGCUCUAACAAAAACUAAUAUUAGAGUUGGAAAAGUUGAUUGCACCAGAUUUACGUCAAUGGCACAUGAGUUUAAAAUUCAAGGCUUUCCUACAAUCAAAUUCAUCAAGGGAAAUGAGGAUUUCACAUUUGAUGGUGACAGGACAAAGGAAGAUAUUGUUAAUUUUGGCAUUCGUUUAUCAGGUCCACCAGUCCAAGAACUCACAAGAACUGACAGCAUGAACAAUAUCAAGGCACUUCACAGUUUAUUUUUCAUGUAUGUGGGCCCUCAUGUUGGGCCCCUAUGGGAUGUCUACUAUGCCACUGCUGUUAAAAUGCAAGCUCAUGGCUUCUUUUUUUCUGCUAGCACUGAAAUAGCAAAACAACAUGUUGAUAUAGAUGAACUUCCAGCUGUUUUUGUCUACAAGGAAAGCCUGCAUUAUUUUUACUCUGUUGAUUCUGGCUACUCCAUAUCAGAGGCAGAACAUUUGAAUGCUACCUUAUACAACUGGAUUAAUGAGGAAAGGUUUGAAACAUUUCCAAAAGUCACAAGGGGAAAUAUUCAUGAGUUGAUGCAAACAAAAAAAUAUCUUGUAUUGGCUGUGUUAGAAGAGAACAAACUCCAAGAAUUGCCACAAGAAAUGAUCGAAUUUAAAGAUAUGGUCGAAUCUGUUAUACGGAAAAAGCGAGAUAAAUACCAUAAGAAUUUCCAGUUCGGAUGGGUUGGCAAUCCAGACCUUGCUAAUAGUAUUGCAAUGAGUACUUUACCUUUGCCGAAUUUAAUUGUGUUAAAUUCGACGACAAAUCAUCAUCAUAUGCUAGACGAUGAGCCGAUGCAAUUGACUGCUGAAAUUUUAGAUGUGUUCCUUGAAGGUGUACAAAACCAAAGCGUGCCUGUGUAUGGUGGCAACGGUUACACUGUUUCGUUAUAUCGAACAUAUUUUGAAACAAGAACUGGUUUGGCUUCAAUGUGGCAAGGAAAUCCAGUCCUCACCACAGUCCUGUUCGGGCUGCCGCUUGGAUUCUUGUCUUUGAUUUUAUAUUCAAUUUGCUGUGCAGACAUUUUAGAUGCUGAUGAAGAAGAAGAAGAAUUACAACAUGAAAAACAUGAAUAAAUCAAUACUCCCAUACAAAUCUAGUCAUAUAAUCAUUUCUUUGUGUUGAUGAGUAAUUAUUAAUGUUUAGAUGUGAUUUGAAGUGUUUACUAAGAACUAAAGUUAAUAAAGGAGUAAAUUUAA